AUGGAAGAAAGCGAAAAUAAUAUUUUAUCUAUUAAAAUUGUGAGUGUUGAUCACUACAACUCCUUUCCUAUACCAAAUUUAGAUUCAAAUUAUUCAGAAUUUCGAAAUUGUUCGGUGAAAUAUGUUCCUGUGAUAAGAAUUUUUGGAAUUACACAAAAUAAGAAAAAGAUUUGUGCAAAUGUUCAUGGAGUGUUUCCUUACUUCUACAUACCAUGCGCGGAAAUUGAUCAUGAAAAGAUCACCAAAUUAAUGAAUGAUCUUGCCGAACAGAUUGAUAAAUCAAUUAACACCUCUUUAGGACAAUCAAGCUCUAAAAAUCAACACAUUUACAGAAUAUCUUUGGUGAAAGGAAUACCUUUCUAUGGCUAUCACCAAAACGAACAUCAAUUUCUGAGACUUCAAUUAUACAAUCCAAAUCUCGUGAAGAGAACUUCAAAUCUCCUUCAAAGUGGGACAAUCAUGAGCAAACAAUUUCAACCACACGAGUCUCAUAUUCCUUACAUUUUGAAGUUCUUUAUUGAUUACAAUCUGUUUGGGAUGAGUUAUCUUCAUGUUCCGCUUCAAUUUGUUCACGCAAGAAAUCCAGACGACAAUACCAGAUAUCGAAAGAGAUCCGUGUCGGAGAUUGAAGUCGAUUUCAAAGCAAUUCACAUUUUAAAUCGUUUAGCAGCAACUGAAGAAAGUUCUGCAAACAAAGCUGCAAAUCCAGGGAUUGAGUCGAUCUGGGAAGAUGAAAGACAACGACGUGAAGUGCUAGAAGCAGCUCCACCAAUGGAAUCUGAGAUUUCACAAGAACGAAAUUGUCCAGCAACUAAAAGUGACAUUUUUUAUCAAAGCAUUUUAAGAGAAAAAGUUAUUGAAGGAUCUCAAAAUUCAACAAUGUUUGAAGAAUCUUUUUCAAAUGAAAUCGCAUCGUCGUCUGUGAAAGAUAAAAAGAAAACUUUUAACUUGAAGAAUUUCCUCGAUUCUUCAGUUUACGCUGCUGAAUUUUCACAAAGUUCAUCAACAACGUCAACAACGUCAACAAGUCAACAACAAGAAACUGACAUGGAAAUGUUUAGUCAAUAUGUAAAAGAUGAAGAGGAAAUAAUUCCGCAACUUGACGGUGUUGAUGAUGAAGAACAACAAUUGUCACCAUCAGAAUUAACAAAGCUAAGAGACCACGAAAGAAAUUUCCAUCCUCAGCCAGGACCUUCAAGACUUUUCAUUCCACCAGUUCGUCAAACUCCAUCAAAUGACGAUGCAAAUAAUCAACAAAUUCAUAGUCAUUUAAUGGAACUUGCGAAAAGUUUCAAUAAAUUUCCCGACAAUGUUGAGAAAGUUGAAGAUUCGCCAACUUCAAUCUCAGAUGAUGAUGAACUUGUGAAGAGUUUUUACAAUCAAACGAUGAUGAUUGACGAGUUUGAAGAGUCUGAAGAAUCGUCAGAAGCAUUGACUGAAGAAGUUUUAAAUAAAACAGUAAAAAUGGAAUGUGAUGACGAUGAAGUUGCAGUUAUGAAGCCAUCAUUUGAUCCACCAAGUCCAAGUGAUGUGAUGAAGCGACUUGAAGAAUUUAAAAUCCCAAAACACUCAAAUCCAACACUUUUCUAUUCAAAUCCCAAAGAUGUGACAAAAAGGAAGGAAGUUGGUCAUAAUCUUCUUGAAAUUCCUGGCAAGCGAUUGUGCGAUCUUGAAACUUUCAAAUCUUCUUUGUUUGUUGAUUAUGAAAAAUUGAAAGAAAUUAAAAAUGAAAGAAGAAGAAAUGAAAUUGUGAUUUGUCCUUACAACGAUCCGCCGUCGUAUCGUGAUGCUGUUAAAUGGCUUAAGACAGGAAAGACAGAAAAGGAAGAAGAUGAAAGUCCAGUGAAAGAUAAACGUGAGAAGACGAUCAUGAUGCUUGAAGACGAUGAAGAAGCUGAAGCGACUUUAAUUCCAUCAUCACAACCAAUGGAAGAAGCAACGACAACACCUGAAAUUAUUCAAAGUUCAUUAGAAAAAGAUUCGUCAACACUCUCCGAAUUCAUCGAGGAUGGUUUGUACUUGAGUUACAGUGCGAGGAAGAAACGAAUGAAGAAAAGUUUUAGCAGAAGAUUUCAAGAAAUUAUGAAAGCAAAAGUGGUAGAGGCUGAAAAAGUUUCUUCACAAUCUUCGUCAGUUUCUGAGGUUGACAAAGCUUCGGAAACUCCUGAAAGUUCCAGCAGUAAUCAUUCGAUCAUUGUUAAAGACGCAAACAUCCAAGAAGAUUCAAGCAGCUUCAACAACAGCAAUUGCGACAUUACCGGGCCAACACUCAACAAUACUUACGGCUUUAAGAUGAAAUUGGAGAGUUUACAAUCAAAUAACGAACACACCGACUUGACAAUUCUUUCAAUGGAACUUCAUGUUCAAACUCGUGAUGAAUUUAAACCAAAUCCUGAGUUUGAUGCUGUUUCAGCGAUUUUCUAUUCACUUGAUGGAUAUUGCGGUGGAUCAAAUAAAAUAGUUAAUGGAAUUAUUGCCUUUGUUGAUGAUAAAAAGAACUUUCGAUACAUCAAGCAAGAUGUUGAAGUUAUUUUGGUUGACUCUGAAAUGGAAGUUUUUGAAGUUUUCUUUCAAAAGAUUCGUGACUUUGAUCCUGACAUAAUUGCUGGGUAUGAGAUUGAAACAGCGUCGUGGGGUUAUCUGGUUGAACGUGGCUACGUUCUCAACAUGAAUCUCAACAAUGCCUUGUCAAGAAUGCCACUCGACAAAGGUGAAAAAGCGAGAUCAGCUCAAACAUUAGAUGAUGACGAACAUCAUCACGACAUGGGCGAUUAUCAUUCAGAACAGAAAAUUCCUGGACGAAUCCAACUCGAUGUGUGGCGUUUAAUGAAACACGAAAUCGCAUUGACAUCUUACACAUUUGAAAACAUUUCUUAUCACGUUCUUCAUCGAAGAUAUCCAAAACACUCCUUCAGUCUCUUAACGUCAUUAUGGAAGCAGCCAUUGAAGUGUUGGAUCGUUCUCGAUUAUUACAUCGAUCGAGCGAAAACUUUAAUCGAAAUUCUUCAACAACUCGAUUUGAUUGGACGAACAUGUGAACUUGCCAAACUCUUUGGGAUUCAAUUUUAUGAAGUUCUCUCACGUGGUUCGCAAUUUCGUGUGGAAAGUAUGAUGAUUCGAAUAGCAAAGCGAAGGAAUUACGUGCCAGUGUCGCCGAGUGUUCAACAACGAGCACACAUGCGAGCACCUGAAUACAUUCCAUUGAUUCUCGAACCUGAAUCGAGAUUCUACAACGACCCAGUCAUUGUUCUUGACUUUCAAAGUCUUUAUCCAAGCAUCAUCAUUGCUUACAAUUAUUGCUUCUCAACAUGCCUCGGACGUGUCGAACAUUUAGCGAAAGCUUCAUCACAACCAUUUGAAUUCGGAGCUUAUCAACUUCGAGUGACUCCAAAGAAGUUGAAAUUCUUAAUCGAGAAUGAUCUAAUCACAAUUUCACCAUGUGGCGUUGCUUUCGUUAAAGCUUCAGUGAGGGAAGGCGUCUUGCCUCGAAUGUUGAGUGAAAUUCUAAGCACACGACUUAUGGUGAAACAAUCGAUGAAGAUUCAUAAAAAUAAUUCAGCACUUCAACGUGUUUUACAUUCGAGGCAACUUGGAUUGAAGCUCAUUGCGAACGUCACUUAUGGUUACACAGCAGCGAAUUUCAGUGGACGAAUGCCAGCGAUUGAAGUCGGUGACAGUGUUGUGAGUAAAGGACGAGAAACUUUAGAACGGGCGAUAAAUUUAGUCGAGACAAACAAGAAGUGGGGUUGCCGAGUUUGCUAUGGUGACACUGAUUCAAUGUUUGUUCUGGUUCCGGGACGAUCAAGAGAAGAAGCUUUCAAGAUUGGCGCAGAAAUCGCUGACGCUGUGACAAAUGACAAUCCACAUCCCGUGAAAUUAAAGCUUGAGAAAGUUUAUCAACCUUGCAUUUUGCAAACAAAGAAACGUUACGUCGGUUACAUGUACGAAAGUGCUGAUCAAAAAGAUCCAAUUUACGAAGCGAAAGGAAUUGAGACAGUUCGUCGUGAUGGUUGUCCAGCAGCGGUGAAGAUGCUUGAGAAGACGUUGAGGAUUCUUUUCGAGACUUAUGACGUUAGCAAAGUUAAGGAAUAUGUUUGUAGACAAUUUAGAAAGAUUCUUGCUGGUCGUUGCAGCAUUCAGGACUUGCUGUUUGCGAAGGAAUUUCGAGGCAUUAAUGGAUACAAAGAACGAGCGUCAGUGCCUGCUUUAACGUUGACUAGGAAGUGGAAAGCUUCAGAUUCACGCAACGAACCGAGAAGAGGCGAACGCGUUCCUUUUCUGAUUGUUAAUGGAGCGCCAGGAUUGCCUUUGAUUCGAUUGGUCAGAAGUCCACUGGAAGUUUUAAAUGAUGAAAAUUAUAAAAUAAAUUCAAUUUAUUACAUUACAAAAGCAAUUAUUCCACCACUGAAUCGAUGUUUGUUGUUGAUUGGUGCGAAUGCAUUUGAAUGGUUCACAGAACUUCCAAGAUGUCAACAGUUCAUCCCAUUGUUGGGACAACAAUCGAAAUUUGAUACAACAACACGUAAAGGGACAAUUUCACAAUUUUUCUCAACAUCAUCUUGCGUGACUUGCGAGAAUCCAUGUCAAGAGAAUGUAUGUUCAAAUUGCAAAAGCGAUUCACAGAAAACUGUUCUGGCAAUCACCAUGAAAUCAUUAAACAUGGAAAGAAAGCUUUCGUCAAUAAAAAGUAUUUGUGACAGUUGUUGUCGAAGAAAUUUUGACACUGAUUGCAUUUCCUUAGAUUGUCCCGUGCUUUAUGCUUCAUACAGAGCCAAACGAGAUUAUAAACAAGUUCAAUAUUUGAGAGAAGUUCUAGAUGAUGAAUUUUGA